UCCAAAAUGGCUGCCACGCUGUCAUUUCGCUGGUUGGAAAUUCUCGAAAAAGAAUUUGACAAAGCUUUUGUAGAUCUUGAUUUGUUGCUUGGAGAAAUUGACCCAGACCAAUGUGAACUAACAUUUGAAGGCAGGCAGAAAAUGACAGCUCUCAGUGCUGCGUUUGCUCAGCUUUGCCACAAGGCUCAAACAGUCUUUCAGUGCAAUGCUAAACUUGAGGCUCAACUAGUGGACAUGCGGUCUGACAUCGUUGAAAUACAAGCUGCUAAGGCUGUGAUUGAGAAGGAGCUCCACACACUGUUGCUGCAGCUACACUCCUCACAGCUCCAGAUGCAAGCACUCAGAGGCAUGGAGGUGGAUUCAGAAGACAUCAAGCGCAAGCUGGAAAAUGAAUUGGAGUCAAGAACAGCAGACUUGAUGGGAAUGGCUCGUCUUGAGGUUGAAAUGAAGGAGUUAAGAAAAGAAAAUUCUGAACUAAGGCAGUAUAUUCUUGCCCUACAGAGUGAGGUGUACGGUGCCAGGUUAGCAGCAAAGUACCUGGACAAGGAGCUUGCAGGAAGAAUUCAGCAGAUCCAGCUCCUGGGACGGGACAUGCGGGGAUCAGAACACGACAAGCUGUGGAACCAACUGGAGGCUGAGAUACACCUACAUCGACACAAGACGGUCAUCCGGGCCUGCAGGGGGCGCUCCAACAGGAAGAAGAGGCUACCUGUACCGCCAGGACAUGAUUUCCAGUCAUUGAAGAGAAAGCAUGGUUUAGGAGAAGCCCGAACUAUCAAACUGACAAAAAGUGCUGAUGAGGGCCUCGGCAUGUCCAUUACAGGAGGAAAGGAACAUGGAGUCCCCAUCCUCAUCUCCGAAAUCCACGAGGGUCAACCUGCUGACAGAUGUGAGGGCCUCUUUGUCGGAGACGCAAUAUUGUCAGUGAAUGGUAUUGAUCUGAGACAGGCCAAACACUCUGAAGCUGUACAAGUCCUCUCUCAACAGCAAGGAGAGAUAUCAAUGGAAGUGAUGUUUGUGGCCCCUGAUGAGGACAGCGAUGAUGAGAAUAAAGAAUAUGAAGAUGAACAUGGUUUUAGAUACAGGAUAUACGAUGAUGAGGUGAUCAGCGACAACAGUGAUGUCAGUCGGACGGAGACACCAUCUUCAGCAAGACCGAUGACGAACGGCCCUACGACACCACCAGGGGGCGCUAAACCUGUCAACACAAGGAACAGUCAAACAAACAGCAUCCCUGAUGCCCCAGGGGCAAGUGGUGGGCAGAAAGUGUCCAUUGGUCAGCUCCAGCCAAACAGUAUACAGCACCAGCAGGCCGGACACAAGGACGCUGUUUUCAGUGGGAACCAAUAAUACAAUUGGACUAUCAAACAUACACAAAGGGAGGACUGAGUGUACAACACCAACAGAUGAACAACUGACACUUUCAUAAGAACUAAAUGAUCUGACCUGAGGCGGGACAAAUGUACAGUCAUCAAUGUGUUUUCUAUGUGUCUUUUAGAAAGAAAUCUGUGGCAAAGGUUUCAUUAAUAUUUUGUAUCAGUAACUUGAGGGGUCAAGGUUUUCAGGGGAGAUCACUGGGACAUCAUUUGUUGUAUAUACAGGAGAUAACUGUUAUCUAACAAAGGUAUCGCUUUAUCUAUUUAGGGGUGUAACUGUGAUGUCACUAGGCACAUUGCAGGGGGAUAACUGAGGCAUCACUAUGUCUAGGAAGGGGGAUAACUGGGUUGUUACCAGGUCUACAAGGGGGAUAACUGAGACAGUAUCCUCAAACUAACUGUGGAUAUACAUUGUUGGAUUGGAUCACUGUUGUACAUUGUACAUUAUGAAUGAAUUGGUUUUGAAAUGAGAUGUUGUGUUGAAUGGUGGGACACAUGGGAAUGAGGUUGUGUUGUGUUACUCAUCACUGUUUGUUAAACUAUUAUACAUAAGUAACCCAACAUAAGUCUGUGAAUUGAGCCAGCUGCUGAAAGCUGAUAUAUAAGGAGUAAAAUAUAUUUGUAUAUUGCAUAGGCUUGCAUGUUGAUACUUGAUGUGUGGCAGACAGACAUUACCCACAAUUAGACAGUUCCUGAAGUCUAUCAUCAGCAGUACCUGCUCCUAUCAUGCAUACAAAAACACAUCACUCACACACAGGCAUUUUUAAAGACACCAAGUAUCACUGAACAUUGUCAAAAACCAACAGGACUGUUGAUCACGUCACUACAUAACCGUACAUCAAUAACCUAAUCACUGCAGGACCUGUAUUUGUCAUUAAAUGUGGGCAACAGAGUUAUUUGUCAGAGGUCCUGUAAGUCCUGUGAGGCGCUACUUCUGGUACUAAGCUGGUUCCCAGCUCCCUUUGCACGUGCCAACUUGCGAUAUGCGAGAUGGGGCCCAGCUUACUUCCGGUACCAGACUUCCGGCUACAAGCAUAUAUUCAAGAACCAAGUCUAGUUCCAAAUUGCACGACUGCCAGAUAUGACUUCACAAGACCAGACCAAGUUUACAACAAUGCUUGUCUGUCACAGCUGUUGACAGUCAUAAUAAUUGGCUAAUUUGGUGAUGGUUAAAUCGGAAAUUUGUUAUACUGGCAAGGAUU